AUGUCUCUCGCUGCACACCCCAACCCCUCUUCGCCUGUAACCACCCACUUCUCCCUCAAAGGCAAGAUCGCGGCCGUAACCGGCGGCGUUCGAGGCAUCGGGCUUUCCGCCUCGCGCGCCCUCGCCGAAGCAGGCGCCUCUGUCGCCAUCCUCUACUCCUCCACCAAAGACGCGGACGCCAUUGCCUCACAGAUCGCAAAAGACACCGGCGCAAAUGUCAAAGCGUACAAGGGAUCUGUCGAAAACAAGGAAGAAAUAGCCUCAGUACUGCAGCAAAUCGCGAAGGACUUCGGGGGAUUGGACAUCGUAGUCGCGAACGCGGGAAUCGCAAAUCACCACGCGGCCGAGGACUACACCGAGGAGCAAUGGCGCAAGGUCAUGGCGGUUAAUCUGGACGGCGCGUUCUACACUGCACAAGCCGCGGGCAAUAUCUUCAAGAAGCAGGGCCACGGCAACUUGAUCUUCACCGCAUCCGUCUCCGCAAUUCUCGUCAACGUGCCGCAGAAGCAGGCCGCAUACAACGCGUCUAAGGCGGGUGUAGUGCAGCUUGCGCGGUGCUUGAGCGUCGAGUGGGUCGAGUUUGCGCGCGUCAACUGUGUGAGCCCGGGCUUUAUUGCGACGGAUAUGCUAGAUGUGCAUCCGGAGGCGCAUAGGAAGAAGUGGUUCGAUAUGAUUCCGGCGAAGAGGAUGUGUGAGCCUGAUGAGUUGAAGGGGGCGUAUGUUUUCUUGGCGAGCCAGGCGAGUUCGUAUAUGACGGGCACGAAUCUGGUCAUUGAUGGAGGAUACACUCUGCCUUGA